AUGGAUUCCGAUGUUCUCCAUCUGAAACAAACUAUUACUGACAAAUUACAGCGUAAUGGUACGCUUGAUAGAAUACAGGCGGAAUUACGAUGCGCUGUAUUUCUUGCAAUUGAAAGUACUGAGGAUAAUGAGCCUGAAGCGGAUGAAAGUAAGCUGGACCAGAAGCUUGGCUAUUCUAUCAUUUAUCAUUUCCUCAGACAAAAUCGAUUCCUAGCAACAGCAGCAGUUUUCGAGAAAGAAAUACAUCAGAAAAUUAUUUCUUUGGAAGAAUUGAAGAAAGAAAAUGCUGCAACAUUUUGUUUCCAAUUUUUUGAAGAUAGUAUUAGUUUAUCUAAUUUCAAUUUAACCGGAAUAACUAAACAAAACAUAAAAGAAACACAUUCUGCUGGAACUGAAAAUAAUGAAACGAGUAACAAUGAUUCGAAUUUUAUCUUAUCUUUUAAACAAAAUAACAACAAAAAGGAUAAUAUAAGAGUUAUCGAAAGGCAACAAACAGCUAAUUCUGAAUCGAAUAAAACUAUGAAAAGUUUUCUAUCGAACAAUGAAAUAUCAACUGAUACAAAGGGAUCCUCAGAUAAAAGAAACGAAGGAAGCAAUGAAAAGGAAAGAUGGAAUGAUGGUGCAUCAACUGAAAAAUCAAAUUAUGAUAAUAAUAGUGAUAAAGGGGAAAAAUACAAGAAAGGAAGGAGUUUAAGCUCAGAAUUAGCAAUAAUUUCUGAACAACAACAACAACAAAUUCCAAGGACAUCCUCAAUUGUGAUAUCGAAAGAUCAGCAACAACCUACCAAACAUAUAACAUCUUCAUCAUCCUAUCCCAGAAAACUUCCACCAAUUAAAUCAACAACAAAUGAAUUAGCGCAAUCAACAAGAUUACCUUCUAUACCAUCGGUGAAUAAUUCAUCGAAUCAUACCGGAGAAGUACCAUUUUCACAUCUGCUAGAUACCAUAUUAAAUUCACCAUCAUCUAAUAAAAGCGAAACAGAGGAAGAUAUUACGGAAGAAAUCAUUCCCGAUGAUCUGCUACAGUCCGAUAACAAUAGCAGUACCACUAUUUCAUUCUGA